CAUUUGCAUAUGUUUCUGUCUUCACACUCCAAAAUAACCACAACAUAAGCUUCACUACUCUUCCCUCUUCUUUCUUUCUCUCUUUCUUUCUUUCGCCUACCACCAUUUUCUGUCUUCUUCUUAAAUCCUACUCUUUCACUACCCACCUCACCCUAUUUUCUUGAUUUUUCUUUUUUAACUCUCCAAUAAGACACCACACCACCACCACCACCACCACCAUGACCAAACUAGUAGUAGAAGUUCUAGAUGCAAGUGACCUUAUGCCAAAAGAUGGUCAAGCCUCUGCAAAUCCUUUUGUGCAAGUAGAUUUUGAUGAACAAAGACAAAGAACUAAAACAAAAGCCAGAGACCUUAACCCUUACUGGAAUGAAAAGCUUGUUUUUAAUAUAAACAACCCAAGAGAUCUUCCUAACAAGACUGUUGAAGUUGUUCUUUACCACGAUAAAAAAGUCGAAAGCGGCGCCGCCCAUGCUCAUGGCCAUGACAAAAACUUUCUUGGCCGUGUUAGAAUUUCCGGUGUCUCUAUUCCUUUAUCCGAGUCUGAGGCUAAUAUUCAGCGGUUUCCUCUUGAAAAACGAGGCCUUUUUUCUAAUAUUAAAGGCGAUAUAGCUCUCAAGAUUUAUGCAGUUGUUGAUAAUGGAAGUUAUUUUCCUGCUCCGGCUCCUGCUCCUGCUCCUGCUCCACCACCGCCAAACGACACCAGUAAUAUUGAAAACAACACUACCGCUCAUCAAGAAAUGAAAAAUAACAAACUUGAAGAAGAUUUCUUGGCGGCGGCUGCUGCUGCUACUGCUGCUGACUUCACGAAAAGCAAGAAGAAGAAAGAAAAAGAAGUGAGGACUUUUCACUCAAUAGGAAGUGGCGUUGCUCCUCCUCCGGCAGCGGCGGCAGCUCCGGGUGCAGGUGCGGCUGCUCCUCCUCCGAUGGCUUCCGGAUUUGGCUUUGAAAGUUUUGUUAUGAAAGAACAAGCGCCUACAGUCGAAGCAAGAACAGAUUUUGCUAAAGCAGGACCAGCCACAGUAAUGCGCAUGCAAAUGCCGAUGCAGAAUCCGGAAUUCUUACUGGUGGAGACUCGGCCACCGGUGGCCGCACGGAUGAGAUACAGAGGUGGAGAUAAAACGUCGAGUACUUAUGAUUUGGUUGAGCAAAUGCAUUAUUUGUAUGUUAGUGUUGUUAAAGCAAGAGAUCUUCCUGUAAUGGAUGUUACUGGAAGUGUUGACCCCUAUGUGGAAGUGAAAUUAGGGAAUUAUAAAGGAAGAACUAAACAUCUGGAGAAAAAUCAAAACCCGGUUUGGAAUCAAAUUUUUGCUUUCUCAAAAGAUAGAUUACAAGCUAAUCUUCUUGAAGUUACUGUUAAAGAUAAAGAUUUAGUGAAAGACGAUUUUGUUGGUAGAGUUCUUUUUGAUCUAUCAGAAGUUCCUCUUCGCGUUCCACCUGAUAGUCCAUUAGCGCCCCAAUGGUAUAAAUUAGAGGAUAAAAAAGGUGAUAAAAGUACCAGAGGAGAAAUUAUGCUAGCAGUUUGGAUGGGAACACAAGCUGAUGAAUCAUUUCCUGAGGCAUGGCAUAGUGAUGCUCAUGACAUUGGACAUGUUAAUCUUGCUAAUACAAGAUCAAAGGUAUACUUUUCUCCGAAAUUGUAUUACCUCAGAGUUAAUGUAAUGGAAGGACAAGAUAUGUUCCCUUCUGAAAAGACUAGGUUUCCAGAACCUUAUGUGAAAGUUCAACUUGGGAAUCAAGGAAGAGUUACCAAUCCUUCUCGAGGUAUGAAUCCUGUUUGGAAUGAUGAGCUGAUUUUUGUAGCAUCGGAGCCGUUUGAGGAUUUCAUAAUUGUGACUGUUGAAGAUAGAGUUGGACCUGGAAAAGAUGAGAUGAUGGGAAGAGUGAUAAUACCUGUUAGAGAUGUUCCACCAAGAAGAGAGACUUUGAAAUUACCAGAUCCUCGCUGGUUUAAUCUUUUCAAACCGUCAUUGGCAGAGGAGGAAAAAGAGAAGAAGAAAGACAAGUUCUCAAGCAAGAUUCUACUUUGUCUUUGUUUAGAAACAGGGUAUCAUGUUCUUGAUGAGUCUACUCAUUUCAGUAGUGAUUUGCAGCCUUCAUCUAAGUUCUUGAGAAAGGAAAGAAUUGGGAUUCUUGAACUUGGAAUUUUAAGUGCAAGAAAUUUGAUGCCUAUGAAGAGCAGAGAUGGUGGGACUACUGAUGCUUAUUGUGUGGCUAAGUAUGGCAACAAAUGGGUUCGAACCAGAACAUUGCUCAAUAAUCUGAAUCCCCGUUGGAAUGAGCAGUAUACUUGGGAUGUUUAUGAUCCUUGUACUGUAAUCACCAUUGGCGUUUUUGAUAAUUGCCAUGUCAAUGGAAGCAAGGAGGAUGCAAGAGAUCAGAGAAUUGGGAAGGUGAGAAUUCGCCUUUCUACUUUAGAAACUGAUCGUAUAUAUACUCAUUACUAUCCUCUGCUAGUUCUUCAACCUUCCGGAUUAAAGAAGCAUGGAGAGCUUCAUUUGGCAUUGAGGUUUACUUGCACAGCUUGGGUUAAUAUGGUAACUCAAUAUGGGAAACCAUUGCUUCCCAAAAUGCACUAUCUCCAGCCAAUCUCUGUUAAGCACAUUGAUUGGUUGCGCCACCAAGCAAUGCAGAUAGUGGCAGUAAGGCUAGGAAGAGCAGAACCACCACUCAGGCGUGAAACUGUAGAGUAUAUGUUGGAUGUGGAUUACCAUAUGUGGAGUUUGAGAAGAAGCAAAGCGAAUUUUGGCCGGAUAAUGAAGCUUCUUUCUGGGGUUGCAGUUGUUUGUAAAUGGUUUAAUGACAUAUGCACAUGGAGAAACCCAGUAACAACUUGCCUUGUGCAUGUAUUGUUCUUGAUACUGGUUUGCUAUCCAGAGUUGAUACUUCCUACAAUCUUUCUCUACCUGUUUGUAAUUGGGAUAUGGAACUAUAGGUUCAGGCCAAGACACCCACCUCAUAUGGAUACUCGGCUUUCGCAUGCUGACAAUGCACAUCCAGAUGAGCUCGAUGAGGAAUUUGACACAUUUCCAACUUCUCGACCAGCUGAUAUUGUGAGGAUGAGAUAUGAUAGGCUGAGAAGUGUUGCAGGCAGAGUGCAGACAGUUGUUGGGGAUUUAGCAAGCCAAGGAGAAAGAGCUCAAGCGAUACUAAGUUGGCGAGAUCCUAGGGCUACUGCUAUCUUCAUUAUCUUUUCAUUGAUCUGGGCUGUGUUCAUUUACAUCACUCCGAUCCAGGUUGUGGCUGUACUGUUCGGACUCUACCUGCUGCGACAUCCUCGGUUCAGGAGUAAGAUGCCAUCAGCACCUGUCAAUUUCUUCAGGAGAUUACCAUCCAAAUCAGAUAUGCUAUUAUGAUCUGCAAUCGUUUUCAAUAAAACCAUUCAUUUGCUUAAUUAUUGUCAAAGGAUAAGUGAAUAAAUAUCUGCACUAGUGUCAUCGCAGCAGAAGACAGAAAAAGAAGCAAGAAAAGUGCUUAUCCUACCUUCUGUACCAACCUGCAGAAGAAUCUGACUUUUGCUAAAUAUGCAUAUCCUGCCUUUUUGAAUCUCAUGUAUGGAACCCACCAUUCUUUUUUGUUCUUUGUUCUAUAUUCUGUAAUAUUGUUGAGCAAUCAAUCAUGUUGUGCAUUUUAUGAAUAUGAAUAGUAAAUAACAAACCAGAAUGUCAGCUGAUAAAA